AUCAACGAACCAGCGCACAACCACUGUCAAACCAUCUCGCUCGGCAAAUAAAUUAGGAAAAGUCGGUUGAGCAAACGAGUGGGAGUGUGUUACGGAAAAGUUGUUUUGAUGGAGAAAUAAUGUUUUCCAUUUUAUUUUAAAUUAAAGGCUGUUUAGGGGUAAACUUUUCGCUGCUAGUGUUUCUGCUGUUGCCACUGCAGUCUUCGUUUUACUGCUGCAUGGGAGAGGGACAUUUUUGUGGCUGACGUCGAUUGAAUUGGGAGUACAUCGCUAGCAUCGGAGGUGAUAGUUGCAUAAACGCUUCGUAGCAAAUGAAAUAUAGGAAUUAAACGGAAGAGCGAUUUUGUUACAAGUGAACCUAAACAAAAUGAAAAAAAAUCGACUGUGAUCAUGUGUGGAUAAAGAAAGGAUGAUACAAGGUUUCGUUUAAAUUCAAAAUUAGAAAAGGCAAUUGUGCAGUGAGUUACGAAAUGUUCCAGUGACGAAGAAAACAUCAAAUAUGGAGUCAAACAAGUCGUUUUUCAUACGGGAUUUACUAGGAGAUUUAAUUUCCAGUAGGCAACCCAACGAGCCGCAGCAGGGAGGCUACUCAACUGAAACCGACGAAACCGACAACAGCGACAUCGAUAUUGACAUCGAAGAUCGCUCGUCACCAGAAUCGGCGGUGGUUUCCGAGUACAACAGUCACCGUCAUCACCAUCACCAGCAAUUAACUUCUUGCGGAGCCGCCGGUACAUUGGUAUCCGUGAACCACCAGGGUAUUAUCUCCAGCAGCGGAACGAUUGGUAGUGACGGAUCAAAUGGACUGAUUAUGAAGGCAGGACGCAAACCGAGACGAAGAAGAACUGCAUUUACACAUGCUCAGCUGGCGUAUUUGGAACGAAAAUUCAGGUGCCAAAAAUAUCUUUCGGUUGCCGACAGAAGUGACGUUGCUGACGCAUUGAAUCUUUCUGAGACCCAAGUCAAAACAUGGUAUCAAAACAGACGAACAAAAUGGAAACGUCAGAAUCAAUUGAGACUGGAACAGCUGCGGCACCAGGCCACCAUAGAGAAAGAACUGAUCAACAGUCAGGAACCGUCGGCAAAUCCUCUUCAAUGCUGUCCCACGUCGUUAGCGUCGUUUACCCAGAACCCGUGCAAUUUUCUCACAUCGGCAGCAGCGGCGGCAAUAUUCCGUAACGUCUCCUACGCACACGGAUGUCCUCUGUAAAGCUGCAAUCGGCCCUGCGGUAGCAGGAAAUGGAAUGGAAAAUAGUGUAUAAUUGACUGAUUUUCGACACCACAGAUUAGAGGGGUCGACUCAUUUGAUGUAACUUGUAUGUAUAGAUGAUAAAUUGUAAAUACAUAGCACAGUGAUUGUUAUUAUGAUACCGAUAAUAAAUCUCUAAUAAUUAUGACACAAAGA